GAGUGUGUAGGACGGAGAGGAGAAGAAAAGAGAGCGACUUCAGUGGAAUUUUUUCAGUCGAGGAGAGUCAAGAAGAAGCAGAGCGGUAGAGUGAGAAUGAGCGGAGGGGAAGGAGGAGAAGGAGAGAAGGAGAAGAAGAAGAGGAGGAGCAUGGUAUACAUGUGGGGUUACCUCCCAGGGGCGACGCCGCAGAGAUCGCCGAUCCUGUCGCCGGAGCCGGUAGCGGAAGCCGCUGGAGGAGAACAGUGGAGGGAUGUUUGCGGCGGAGGCUGCGGCUUCGCCAUGGCGAUAUCCGAGUCAGGGAAGCUCAACACUUGGGGCUCUACAGAUGAACUUGGCCAAGGAUAUGUGACUUCUGGGAAGCAUGAGGAAAAUCCAGAGCCCUUCCCUCUACCUACAGAAGCCACCAUCAUAAAUGCAGCGGCUGGUUGGGCUCAUUGUGUUGCUGUCACAGAAAAUGGAGGCGUCUAUACUUGGGGUUGGAAAGAAUGCGUUCCAACUGGGAGAGUUGUAACAGAUCAAUCCACUACAGAAAAUUUGGAGAAAGAUGUGACAGAGAAACAUAAUGGGUCAUUUAUUGAAGAAGUUAGCCCCAAAUCACAAGUCAGUCAUUCAAUUUUAAGACGACAAAGUAGUGGAAGCGUAUCUAAACAUGAUAAUAAAGUGGGUGAGGAAGGUACCAAGCGGAGAAAGUUAUCAACAGCCAAGCAAACUUCUGAAAGCCCCACAACUGAGGAAGCCAUGUCAGCACUUCCAUGUCUGGUUUCACUGAGUCCAGGUGUGAGGAUCGCCAUGGUUGCUGCUGGUGGAAGGCAUACGUUGGCACUAUCAGUUUCAGAUGUGGGUCAAGUUUGGGGAUGGGGCUAUGGAGGAGAAGGACAGCUAGGCUUGGGUUCUCGAAUACGGAUGAUAUCCUCUCCUCAUCCGAUAGCUUGUGUUGAGACCUCUUCCUAUGUGAGGGACAGAAUUCCUGGCCUUCCCAGACGAGGCGUGGCUUCUGAUUCUCAGGUCUAUAAGGUUCCUGGGACCUGCAUCAAGGCUAUUGCAUGUGGAGGUCGACAUAGUGCAGUAGUAACAGACGCAGGUGCUUUACUAACUUUCGGAUGGGGAUUAUACGGACAGUGUGGACAAGGAAGCACGGAUGAUGAGCUCAGCCCUAGUCUUGUAUCAUCUCUAUGGGGUGUCCAAAUUGGAGGGGUCGCAGCAGGUUUGUGGCAUACAAUCUGUACCUCCGUUGAAGGCCAAGUUUAUGCUUUCGGAGGUAACCAAUUUGGGCAACUUGGAACAGGAAAUGAUCAAGCUGAGACUCUUCCUAGGCUUCUAUCGGCUCCUUCGCUGGAAAACAAGCAUGCCAAGCUAGUUUCAUGCGGUGCACGACAUAGUGCGAUACUUACAGAGGAAGGAGACGUAUUCAGCUGGGGAUGGAACAAGUACGGGCAGCUUGGCUUGGGUGACGUGAUCGACCGCAGCAUCCCUUCUCAAGUUCCACUCAUUGAUUGCCAUCCAACGAAGGUUGCCUGCGGGUGGUGGCACACUUUGCUGUUGGCCGAGUCUCCUCCAUGAAAGCUCUUAGAAGGCCGUAUACACGGAAGCAAGCAGAGAAGCCUUGGUUCCUCAUUUUUGGGAGGUUAGGAGAGCAUUGGUGGUCCGGGCACCGACUAACAAUAAACGGAAGUUACAUGUCUUCAUUCUUUUGUGGCCUACGUUGUACAGCCAAACAAGUUCGACAAAUAGUUGAUUCUAAGUUAUACAUGAA